GCCACUUCUGCUCUGUUUUUUUUAUAUAUAUAUACAUACUAUCAGGCUAGACCGGUAGAGUAUAUUAAUUCUAAACAGCUCGUGUGAUGUUUCACCCAGUCAUCGCCGUCGACAGCGCGAGGAAGGCGAUGGAGUUCCUCGGCCUCAAGGACGGCGGCGAGGUAACAGCCGCUACCUGCCCUGCCCACAGCGAGCUAGCCUGAAGGCGACACACGGGAUUAGUCAGCACUCAGCACCACCAGGUCCGGCCGCCGGCCGGCAUCCCUUUCCCGUGCCGGGGAGCUGCUCACAAAGAGAGCGCAUGGGCUCCUGCCUCGGUGCCUCCUGCACCACAGGCCGCGCCGUAUCGUACGGCCCACGCGUCCGCGCAUGCGCGCGUGACGGCUUCUGUUCCCCGCCCCCUCUUUGGGGGAGCAAAAGGCAGCCGCUUUUCCAUGGCGGAGCAGGCCGUCGACAUGGUGCUCACGGACUACUGCAUGCCCGAGAUGACCGGCUACGACCUCCUCAAGGCCAUCAAGGCACUGAACCCCCUGGAGCCGAUCCCGGUCGUCGUCAUGUCGUCAGAAGACGAGCCCCAGAGGAUCAGCCGAUGCCUGAGCGCCGGCGCCGAGGACUUCAUCGUGAAGCCCCUGCAGAGCAAGGACGUGCAGCGCCUCCGGAACUGCUCCGCCGCCGCGAGGCCCAGCAAGGGCGCCGCGCCGUGCGAGGCCGCCGUCGUGGCCAAGAGGAAUCAAAAGCCGCCGCAUCCUGCCGGCGCCGCGUCGCCGUCUGGACGGCGAGCGAGCCUCGCCGGAGUCGCCAUGGUGCUGCACUCGUCGGGCGUGGAGUACCUGCCGCUCCUGCUCAAGCUCGUCGUGCUGGCGUACGCGGCGCUGUGCCUGGGAGAGCUCCUGCACAGGUGGGCGUCGUCGGACGGCCGCUGCUCGCUCUCCCCGUGGUGCGCCUGAGCAGCGGUGCGUGUCCUGGGCACCAGCAGGAGACUGGUGAUGCAAAUGCAGAGUUUUUCAGCUGCUGAACCAAAAAAAAAAACCUCCAACAGCCGUGGAGGUCUAGCUUAGCCUUUAAUUUAGGCACUGUAGAAGAUUGACUGCUUUGGGAUUGGGUACGCUCGCGUCUGCCGUCUGCGUGGCGUUUGUUUCUUGAUUUGAGGGAGACGUAUGUAUGUACGUACGAUACGAGGCCACGGGGGGUACGCUCCCCUGUAUCCUCUCCUCUGUAUAGAAUCCACUGAAUCAGAAUGCAACGCGUGACCCGAGCCAAGUACCUGGCGUCCUCUUCGGCCUGGAUCCGGGCUGAUAUGCUUCACGCGACGGACGGCGAUGGCGAUUGCUCACCAGCUCGGAUGAUCAGAUCCGAUAUUCCCAUCCGAUCCCAGGGGAAAGACGACAACGCAGGUUGUUGACUUGUCGUAGCAUCGGACCCUCCCGACUCGAUGAUUGCGAUGUUUACCACUACCAGUUUGUUCAUGUAAGCCUUGAGCUGCGCAAUCUCAACCACUGGAGGCAUGGGAAUGGGAUCACGAUCAUCACCGAACUCAACCGUUGCAUAAAAAGGAAAGAAAGAUUCUACUGCUAUGAUACUGUAUGCAGAGGGGCCGAAUCCCGUGCAGAUCUUUCGAUAUUUCCUCCUCGUACGGACCAGCAUCAUGCCAGAGCAAAACUUUCAAUGACACGUCUAACCUGAUAUUUAAAAGGAAAUAAAGCUACUUUUUUUUCUAA